AACUAUUAAUUGUAUCUCGUUCUCCCUGUAGUCUUCAUCGAUCACAGGAAUGCUACCCCUCUUGACUGUGCUCUGCAUAGUUCUAUUCUGCUGUGUGAUUCUUUUCUUAAUCCCUUCUCUCUGUAUAUACGAAUUUCUGUUUGCGCGUUUUCUGUCAGUGUGAUGUCUCCGUUACCACCCCUCCGUUUAUCUGCAGCCAGUCUUCCGUUCAGCUCAUAAACUCAUGAGUCCUUAGCCUCAGAUACUAGUUUUCAGUUGUGGAAUUCGCAUUGCACCCUAUUUCAUAAUCAACAUUUUUGCUGCAGUUCCUCCUCUUUUCAUUUAUUUUACACGUCUUUCUCUUUCCUUUAAAAUGGUCAUCGUAAGUCUCAGAACAUAAUGCCCCAAAUAUGCGUAGUUCAGUCCAAAACCACUUGUCACGCAGAGAAGCAGGGAAGUCGGAGGCGGUCUGAGGGCAGACGUCGCAGACGCUGGGUUCUCUGAGCUCUGUCAAGACGCUUGACGGCCCAGAAUGCUGUCUGUCUCGGUGGCUGCUCCGGGUGACCUCGAGAAAAACACGAAUUCCGUCUGCAGAUGUCAGUCUUAUCCAGGGUCCUGCAGCCUCCAGCUGUGGUGGUGGCCCGUCUGUUUCUCUUGGUGGCUGUCAGUUUUCGUCCAGGCACUCAGAUGCAGAGAGCAGAUCUCCCCCGCACGCGAGCUCCUCAGGCACCGGGGACAGCGUGCCUCUCCCAGCCCCACCUGACGUCUGCCAUGGCCUGGACAAGCUGGAACCUCCCACGUGGGGAGCCUGCGCCCCAGAUACAGCCCACUUGGCCACUGCAUCUCGUGGAAAUACUGGCCUGGCCGCCCAGCGUCUCCCACAGACCGGCAGGAGCGGAGCGAGGCGUGGCACAGUUCUGCCGGGUUCUGCCCAGGACUCGGACCGAGAUGCUGGAACUGGCCGGCUGUCCAGUCCUCCAGGCACAGCUAGCUCAUUCCGUUCUUGGGUUCCACUCGCACACGCGUCUUUGGCUUCUAACACGUAAUCACGUGUCAUUUCUGCUGGGCCUUCCUCGCGUCCCAAGGGUUCCCAGGAAUCCACUCCUCUGCUCGGUGCUGUGCCUGGAGUCAGCCGCUCGGGCAGCCGGUGCGGAGGUUCCACAAGUCACAGAGGCCCCCGAGGGGGGCUCAGCCACACCCCCCGACAAAGCGCACAGGGCGAGCUGGUGCACGACGGCUCCGGGGGGCGGGCACUGUGUCCCCGAGCUGCUCACCAGUCAAGCGACACCGAGAACCAGCGCCUGCCUUCCACCGCCAGCCGGUGCUUAGCUGUGGUCUCCAGGAAGAGUGUGCUUAUUUCUGGAUAUGCGGGGAUUCUCCUGUUUAAUACAAAUUAAUAAGCAGUAAUGACAAAGCUAA